CCAUAUGUAUAGAAAACACAAGCAAAGAACUAUAAUCAAAAGCUUCAUUUUUCAGUUAUCAUUAUUCAUAAUUUUUGUUGUCUCAGACAGACACAGCCAUGGCAGCAGAAGCAAGUAAUAAUGAAGCUAACAGAGUUGCCAUAAUAAGCCCUAGAUACUGCUGUACUUACCCUGUUAAUUUGGCAAUUAUGAGGAAGAUGAUAACUGACGGCAACUUUGAUGUUCAGGAUGUCAACGGCACCGUCAUUUUUACAGUUGACAAAAUACUCCCAACUUUUGUCCAUCAACGGAAGCUCAUUCUUGAUCCUGUCGGAAACACCAUUCUCACUUUACGUAAAAAGGCAGUCACAGCAAUUGACACUUGGCAGGUUUUUAGAGGAGAAAGCGAAGAGCUUGAAGAUCUAAUUUUCACUGCAAAAAGACAUUCGUUAAUGGACAUCAACACUCAACUAGAUGUGUUCUUAGCAAACAAUAAAAAUGAGCAAAUUUGUGAUUUUAAGAUCAAAGGCACCUUUUUAGAAGAGUCUUGUGAUAUCUAUGCUGGAGAUAAAGACUCGGCUCCCAUUAUUGCUAAGAUUUGCUUCUAAGGGUGAGAAAAACAUUGCUUUUCGAUUCCAUGGUGUAUCAGCAGAAGUAUUUUCUACAGUUCAUGAAGUUCAGCUACAUUCAUCAACUAUCUGCUAUCCUCUGAUUGGUUACUGAGAAGAGUCACUUGGAUUGCUGAGUUGGAUAUUAGCUGGAUAGUCACACCUUUUUCAUGAGUUCAUUAGUUAGUUAAUUGUAACAGAAUCAGAGUAGAUUGCUUAGUGUAGAAGUAAUCUUUUUCACUUGUAAUCAUUUUAGUAUAAAAGCUAAGCUGAGCCUUCUAAUUCAGUUAAUGAGAAUUUGCUACAAUUUGUCAUAA